CUACCAUGGAUGGAGCCUGAUUGGCUUUGGUGAUUUUGUGCCGUCUAACACGACACAGGGUGGGGCUGUAAACCAAUGAGAUGUUUACUGGCUACUUCGGUCGCUUUAUCAACCAGAGCAGAGUGUCCCCUCUGUGGUCGACGUGACGUUCUAACUAGCUCACACAAAACUGAAAAGAAAGAGAGUUUUUGAAUCAUUUGAAAUAUUUACAUCUGUGCGGGUGUUUAAUCUCGUUUUCAUUUAGCCGUCAUAAACCAGAUUUUUCACGAGGACGCGAGCAAAGACACUGAAAGGUUAUUACGAUGAGGUGGCAAGAAACGUUCCUUGUAUUUCUUUCCAUGCUUCGUGUGGCGGUUUUCCAGUGCCCGGAAACUUGCAGCUGCUCCGGGACAUUUGUGGACUGCAGCGGCCAGGAACUGGACAUCAGCACGGUCCCCAAGCGCUUUAUGGGCACCAUCACCGAAAUUAAACUGAGCAACAACAAGCUCUCCGCCAUCCCCAACGGCCUCUUCGACUCUCUGCAUCACCUCCGGUCUGUGUCGUUGGACAAUAACCCAUGGGCAUGCGAUUGUGAUAUUUUAUACCUGAGAUCUUGGCUUCUUAAACAAGAAGAUCGUUCUCAGUAUAAGCAUUUAACGUGUUCCUCGCCCACUGAGCUUCAGAACAGGCGGAUAUUGUAUCUAACCGAGGAUGAAGUCAUCUCCGCCUGCAAUGACUGGUACUGUGACGCUGUUCUGAUAUGUCAGAUCGCAUUGUUCAUCUUCAUCGGCAUCCAGGCCAUUCUCCUGAUAUUUGUUAUAAUAUAUCUGAGGAGAUUUGAGACUGUUUCGGAAGAAGCUAUUCGAUCGACAAAAUAAAAUCCUGUCCAUUCGGGCUAGCAUUGACCAUUUAUCUGAUACCCACUCAUUUGUUGGAACUCCCGCAUGUUCCCUAUCUGUGUUCUUGAAAGUGCCACGGAAAAAAAAGUAGUCUCCUGUUUUAUUCCGGUGAUGCUGAGAUACCGCGUUGCUAUUCUACAAUGUCUUUCCAAGAAACGCUUGCGGAAAUUUUAAACAUAUGUCACCAUAGAUAUUGGAGCCUGGAAUUGUGGCACUCUCUGGUGUUAUCAUUGAAAAUUUUUACUGAUUGAUGUUGACAAAUGUUUCCCUGUGAAAUUAUGUAAUUAUCACAAAUUAUUUAGGAUUAUUUGCUUUCAAUAACUCGAUGGUUAAGGAGGGGUUGAGUAGAAGUUGGGACGAUUGAUACAAAGUGCAUGAAGAUACAGUCUUGUAAUUACAAAUGGUCCGUCUGCAAAAGAAAGAAAUGUCGAUGACUCUCCAAGCAACGCUCCAUUGCGGGAACGAAUGUCAUUGACAAAACUACUAAAGCAAUGUUAAAUAACAUUUUGUAUCAAAGCAGAUUUAAUACUGAUAUUUCUUAAGGUUAUUUUAAUUCUGGAGAUUGAAGUUUAUCUAUCGAAAUGCACACUAUAAUCUUGGACAACAACUUUUUUUUCUGUGUUUAACUCAAUCACAAUACUGAAAUCACGAUGUAAGAAGAAAAUGCUGGAAAUUCUCAGUAGGCCUGGAAAUAUCUAUGGAGAGUAGCCGAAGUUUGAUUGAAGUCAUCGACUUGACCGAUUAUCUCUUUUUCGCCCUUCAGAUGUUACCCGACCCAUAGAGUGUUUGUAACCUUUGUUUUAGUUCAGCUAUCCAACAUCUGCAUUAUUUUGAUUUUGUACUUAAAGAUGAAAUUGUACAUCAUUUUGUAAUAACUGUAUCGUUUACUAUGGAAAUAUUGUAAUUGUAGUCUGAGGAAUUUGAUUAACGUGGUUUAUUUUAUUGAUUUACCAUGAAGGUGAGUACCAGGAAACUGAACAUUAUACAAAUCAACCCCAUUCGUCAUGAUCCGCUUUUAUUUCUUACACUGUAUAUUAGAGGAAGUCGGCCUGUGUCCUUCUAGCUAAAAUCAAUAAUUCUGGCAAUGAUGGCGACUAAAUUUGCAGUGGGGCAGACUUUUCAUGUUCCUGUACACCUUACAAAGUCAUUCCUAUUAAGUUAUGUUGAAUCGCUCUGGGUAUAGCGGGAUAGGGACACCGUCGUCACUAUUUCUUUUUCCUUUCAGAAAUUUAGAAAUGUCUUAGAAAUUCAAUUUUUUUCGUUCAUUUUUUAAACUAAUAUAAUCUUGCCCCGUUUGUUAGUUAAUUGGGAGAUUCGCUCUCCAUUUUAAUGAAAACCGCUCUACAGCGUUUCUGCUGGCUAGAGAAGGAAAAUCUCUUUCAAUGCGACUCGUAUCGGCGGUUAUUCGUCACUUUUUUUCUUUGACUCCAGCUUCCGUAUUAAACCCACUUACCAAAUGUAAAGAUUCUGCAACUAACUCAAAACACUUGGUUCAAAUCAACUCAGAAUCCAGCGUAAUUGUACUCUCCUUAUUCCUGGCCGGAGAAGAAAGAAGGUAGGUUAGUUGAUUCGGCGAUACUGUCUUUACAGUUGUGCCCGGAGCCAUAGUCAAUCACUGGGACAUAAUAUUUCCUGGGACGAGUUAUUUCCUCGCACCCGGGUUAAGAACUCCGACAUAAGAAUGGGCUGCAUUAAUGUAACACAAAGUUCUGACGUAUACAUACACUCAUCCAGACGAACAGCAGAACUAGUCUGCUCUCUCUCCAAUAGCUCUUUCUUAUCAGUCUUAUGUGUUUCAAGGCCAUUCUUUACAAUACCUGGAGGUAUGCUAACGUAUCGAAUGGAUUUUUUUGUAUGUAUUUUGCAAUUUACAGGCAAAAUCGACUAACAGGAAUCUGUAAAAACGAAACCUGUUCGUUACCAGGGCACGACCUGUAAAGGGAAGAUGAAGCCCUCAAGUAACGACUUGAUCUAACACCUUCAUCAUAAUGCGCAGUUAUCUGACCUCAUCAUAAUAAUACCUAUAUCUACAUCGAAGUAUCUAUUACUGCAACACGCUUAGUGUGUUUUUUAAAAUCUACAUUGGACUAUCACUCCUCACAGCAGAUCCCAUUGUGUGUAUAUCUUUCCCUAUACAUACCUCUCAUCCUCACAUUUCCAAUCACCACAGUCAUUCAUUUUCUGAUGUCAUGCUUUCCCUUGCGAUCGCCAUUCUUACAUUCUCUCAGUUAAUCCAUUUAAGUUAUGCCUCCUUUCCUUUCUCCAUAACAAGGAAAGAGAACGCUAUGUGAAUAUGAAGUAAGCGGCAUGUGACUGAUCAUUUAUAUAAUGAUAACCCAUAAAUAUUCCUCUUUUAGCAGUUAUAUCUACCACAACACCUUCUCCUAUCCGGUGAAAUGGGAUUUUGAUAGUAGGGGCGGCACUGUAGCGUAAUGGUUAGUGCAGGUGACACGGGUUCAAUUCCCGCCGCUGCCUGUAAUGAGCUUGUACGUUCACCCCAUGACCGGGUUCCUCUGGGUACUCAAGUUUCACCGCACAGUCCAAAGACGUACUGGUUGGUAGGUUGAUUGGUAGGGUUAACUGGACGUUGUAAAUUGUUUCGUGGGUAGUUUAGGAUCAAAUCGGAGGAUUGCUGGGCAGCGCGGCUAAAGGCCCGGAAGGGCCCAUUCUGAUUCCCAUUCUGAUAUGUCCACACAUUUUAAUUCCACGUCCUAUUCCCAUUCUGGUAUGUCUACCCACGGCCUCCUCGACUGUAAAGAUGAAGCCACACGCAGGUUGGAGGAACAACACCUUAUAUUCCGUCUGGGUAGCCUCCAACCUGAUGGCAUGAACAUUGACUUCUCAAACUUCCGCUAAUGCCCCACCUCCCCCUCGUACCCCAUCCGUUAUUUAUUUAUAUACACACAUUCUUUCUCUCUCUCUCCUUUUUCUCCCUCUGUCCCUCUCACUAUAUACCUUACCCAUCCUCUGGGUUUUACCCCCCCUCCCCCUUGUCUUUCUCCCUAGGCCUCCUGUCCCAUGAUCCUCUCAUAUCCCUUUUGCCAAUCACCUGUCCAGCUCUUGGCUCCAUCCCUCCCCCUCCUGUCUUCUCCUAUCAUUUUGGAUCUCCCCCUCCCCCUCCCACUUUCAAAUCUCUUACUAGCUCUUCUUUCAGUUAGUCCUGACGAAGGGUCUCAGCCCGAAACAUCGACUGUGCCUCUUCCUACAGAUGCUGCCUGGCCUGCUGCGUUCACCAGCAACUUUGCUGUGUGUUGCCGGAAGGGCCUAUUCCGCUUUCAAUACACAAUAUCAAUAAACAAUGUAUCCCAUUAACAAUAAACAAAGAGUAAGGUGGUGGGUACUCUUAAGAGUACAGACAGAUAAGAAAAACGGAGUCAAGAUGAAAUAAAGAGCAGAUAAUUAAAAAUGCUAGAAAAAAUUAAACAUGUAGUAGGAGAAACAGUCAGCGUCAUCAGAAUGAGCCGCGAAAUGUACGUGAAACCAGGAGAAAUUCCCUGAUGGAGUGAAGAUAAUGAAGAUAAGUGGCAGGACCUGCGCUUAUUUCACAGGAUUAACUCUGAGCUGUCAGAAUCUGGUGUAGCCAAUAUGUAUUAUGUAACUUAUCCAACAAGCCUGAGUUUGCAGACACAAAUACUUAUAGUGUUCUUUAUUCUAACGUUAAAGCACUUUAUAUUCUCGAGAUAAGCGUUGUUCCUUGAGUCUGCGCUUGUUCAUAUUGUGACAGUGCUCUGACUUGCCGGGGAAUCAAAUAUGAAAGCAUUCUCAAACAAUUGCACACAUACUUUUGUGCAGUUGGAACGUAUUUCUGUCCUAGUGGUAGACGGAGUGAAUGUUUAUGGUGGAACAGUUGUUCCAAUAAAUUUUUAAAAAAUUACUUGAAUGCCGUCAUUCUUCGUAAGCGUUGUUAGAACGGUAUCCAUCCAAUUAACGCAUCGUGUGGUGAUAGAAAGGUUUUUUGAUCUCCCUUUGGAAUAAAGCAUCCCUCUGCCAAUUUCCAGCUUGAUGGAAUAGUACCUUUGGCCCAGACCUUUUCUCAUGAUUAUCUCUUAAAAAUUUGUCGUGCAGCUUCCUUCGAAGCUUUAUCUCCUUUACUUACCUUAGGAACACGUUGCUUUCGAGUAUCUUUUAAAAUCGCAUGAAACAAAUCACUAAUUACUUUAUAAAUAUGGUUUAUAGAAGAGAUUUUUUCACUCAAAUUAAUCUUUGUUAGUACUUAAAGAAUUAGUUACCUUUUCACCCGGGAAGUUAUAAAGAUUAAGGGAAAUAUUAACGAACACUUGGUAACUGGAUGUAAAAAAACUAGGUAUUGUCUUUUUCUAAAAGAGUCGAUAAAUGGCAGAUUUCACUCCAUA